AUGAUUUCUAUAAAAAAGUAUCUCGUUUUCUGUGAAAAAAAAAAAAGCACCUUUAUUCUAAGCGUAAUAGGCAAAUGUAACAACAGCCAUAUGACUAGCAAUUACAUUAGUUGCACAUUUGACAUUAAACAACGAAAAUUUGGAGAAAAAAAAAAACAAACAAAUUGUUUUUUAGUAAAAAAUAAAGAGAGUUUGUCACUAAAUAAUAAGACACCACGUGUACUAUGCGAAUUUAAUGUAGAUGCAGACAAAAAAAUACUUUUUCAGAAUUUAUUAAAUUUCAAUUUGGAAGAUAUACUAACCAUUUUUAAGCUCUUGUUGCAAUUAAAGAAAAUAAUUCUAAACAAAUAUAAUAACAACAUAUCGCUUAAGAUAAAAGAAGUGAACAAAAAAAGUAACUAUUAUAAAAGGACAAUUCGUGCUUACAUACCAUUUUUUAAAAAGUAUUUAGCAAGAAAUAAAUAUGACGAAGACAGACUUUUAAAUCUGUUUGGAAAUCUUGAAUUUGUCCCCCAAGCAAAGAAAAUCGAUAAUACAACAAAUUAUGAUAAAACUCGCAGUAGCGACAUUUCUACCGAAUAUUUUAUGAGAGAUAGAGUGGAAGUGCGUUCCACAUACGAGCGGAGGAAACAAAAAUACACAAUAGCAUACAUUUUGAAAAAAAUUAUACAUAAGCUUAAUCUAGAGAUAAAGGCGAAAUGCUAUGAAAACAAUGUGCGCGAUAAAUCGUUUUUAUUUAAAUUUUUUGUAAAUAAGAAAAAUUUUCAUAUUUUAUCAUUUUAUAAGAAAAUAAAAGGAGAUUAUUACUUAUUCCGAAAUGUUAUGUAUGUGCACUUAAAUAGGAAACUGGUAAAAGACGUGGCUGUGGUAAACCUAAUAUCGAAUAACAAGUCCUAUUUCAAAAUUAAAAAAAAUUGUAUACAACUCAAUCCUUUUUAUGUAAAAUAUUACUAUAAAUAUCACCUCCAUAAGUUUCUGCAUUUAUGUGAAGAUUUGAAUCAAAAGGGAUAUAAGAAGCUCAGCAAAGAAAACAUAAGACAUUUGUCGAAAAUUGGGGUAUAUUCUAUCACUCAUGAGCAACGUGUACAGUGUAAAUAUUCUCGUGAUGAGAAUAGCCCAGUUCCAUGUUAUGGAACUAGCCAAGAUGAAGCAGACAAUAAAAAUAGCUUAAAAAAAAAUGCAUCAACGCAUUUGCAAAGUGACGAUAUAAAUAUUAAGGUGGUAAACAUAUUUUUGAAUGGGAAAUUUUCCUUUGCAUUACCAUUGGUCUUAACCUACAACAUAAAUAAAAAAAAUUUCUAUCUGAAUAACCUGUUUUAUCUGGAUAGCAUCAAAUACGACUUGACCAGCAUAUCCCACUUUAGAGAUAUUUAUUUUAAUAAUAUAGUUUUUUUUCAAAGAAAGAAUUUCAUAUACCUGAACAAUGAAAAUAUAAUCCUAAAUAGUGAUAACCUACAUUUUGAUCUAAAUUAUGUUCUACUAUUUUAUUUUUUGAAUUUCAAUGAACGGGAAAAUUUAUGCAUACGACCUCAUAUAAAUCCUACCUUUUGUUUUUAUCCCCCCAUAAGUCGCAAAAACAGUGAAAAUUCAAAAAUUAUAAAAAGAAUUGUUUAUCGUCCUGAAAAGAAUGUCCUUAAUUUCGUUUUCUGA